AACAGAUAUCGAUGACUGCGGAAGUCGUCCCUGUAAGAAUAACGGCAUCUGUACAGACCGACUGAACGGAUUCAACUGCAGCUGUGCACCAGGCUUUAAUGGAACACUAUGCGAAAUCGAUAUCUGCGAAUGUUGUCCCUGUAUGAACAAUGGGACCUGCAACUUCAGCGAUGCACCAGGAUUUAAUGGAACACAAAACGAAACAGUUUAUAUUACAUUUACAACACGUGGACGUAGUGGACGGUUUGGAACUAUUCAGAAAUUCACGGUUCCAAGAACCGCUCGCUACCUUAUCAGAGCUUGGGGAGCCCUGGGAGGAAAACACAUGUACAACUAUGGAUACAAGCCUGGAAAUUACUGUGGCGGCAGGGGUGCGUACAUUGAGGGCAAGUUCAAUCUGACUAAAGGAACAGUGCUGAAUAUUGUGGUCGGACAGAAAGGAGGAAACUCAGUGGAGGUGAAAGGAGGGCAAACCACCAACAAGACAGCAGCUCAGUUAGGACUGUCCGUAGAGGACAAUGCUGGCACGGGAGGAGGGGGAGGGAGCUUUGUUUAUACUACAAGUAAUGUGCUUUUAUUAGCCGCCGGAGGGGGAGGGGGAGCUUCAAGUGGAUAUAACGGUGUGGAUGGUCAAAAGGGAACAAGUGGCACCAGUAGUGUGGGGAAAGUUUUAUCUCAAAUUCGAAAUGGAGGUAUUGGGGGGCAGCCAGGUGAAUGCAACACUGCACGCGCUAGAUAUUAUUAUUAUCAUUAUCAUUAUUAUUAUUAUUAUUAUUAUAUUCACCAUGGGGGAGUAGGUGCGGGUUGGUAUGCUCAGGGGUGUGCCAGGGCAGGGAAACAACAUGGAGAGAGAGGCGGGUCACGUGGUCAAGGCUGGACUGGAGGUCGAGCCGGCAGCAUGAACAGCGGGUACAACGGGGGACCAGUCCCAGGAGCAGUGGGAGGGUUUGGUGGUGGGGGAGGGGGGUCAGAAGAUAAUGGAGCAUCAGGUGGCGGUGGAGGGUACUCUGGCGGAGGCAGUGGUACCCAUUGGAGACAAGCCGGAGGGGGAGGGGGCUCGUAUUGUGGUGGUCAGGGUUGUUCUGGUGUAACUGGAGGGAAUUGCAAUAAUGUUGGACUUGUGAAAAUUGUUGAGUUAGCUGCUUAGUAAAAAGACAUGUCGUUUUCCUCGUCGCAAACCAGAUUGGAAAA